AUGUUUCUGUUCGACUGGUUCUACGGUGUGCUGGCCUCCCUGGGUCUCUGGCAGAAAGAGGCCAAGAUCUUGUUCCUUGGCCUCGAUAAUGCCGGCAAGACCACCUUGCUUCACAUGUUGAAAGACGAGAGACUGGUACAGCAUCAGCCUACGCAGUAUCCAACAUCAGAGGAGUUGAGCAUUGGGAAAAUCAAGUUCAAGGCCUUUGAUUUGGGAGGUCAUCAGAUUGCUCGCAGGGUCUGGAGAGAUUACUAUGCAAAGGUAGAUGCUGUGGUGUACCUUGUGGAUGCCUAUGACAAGGAGCGGUUUGCUGAAUCAAAAAAGGAACUUGAUGCACUCCUUUCUGAUGAAGCUCUUGCCAAUGUCCCAUUUCUAAUUCUAGGGAACAAGAUUGACAUACCAUAUGCUGCCUCAGAGGAUGAGUUGCGACACCACCUUGGGCUGACCAACUUCACCACUGGCAAGGGCAAGGUAAACCUAACAGACUCAAAUGUCCGUCCAUUAGAAGUAUUUAUGUGCAGCAUUGUACGAAAAAUGGGGUAUGGUGAUGGUUUCAAAUGGCUCUCUCAAUACAUCAAGUAG